AUGGUGGCCGCUAAGCAGCUCGUCUACUUCCUCCUCCACCCCAAUGAGCUGAGGAAUAUCAUCCAAUGGAAGGUCUGGCACCAGCCUGUCCAUGCUCGCGACCCUUCCAAGGAGAGUGAAACCCAGAAGCAAUGUUUCUACUACCUGAACAAGACGUCGCGGUCAUUCGCUGCCGUCAUCCAAGAACUCAACCCUGAGCUGCUGAUGCCAGUAUGCCUAUUCUAUCUGGUAUUGCGCGGCCUGGACACCAUUGAGGAUGACAUGACCAUCGACGUUAAGAAAAAGGAGCCGCUGCUGCGCAGCUUCCACGACAUCAUUGAGCAGGAUGGCUGGACGUUCCACGAGAAUGGCCCGAACGAAAAGGACCGGGAACUCCUGGUGCACUUCGACGUCGUCAUUACGGAGCUGAAGAAGAUCAAACCAGAGUACUACGAGAUUAUCAAGGACAUCACCAAGAAGAUGGGCGACGGUAUGGCCGACUACGCACUCAACGCCGAGCACAAUAUCAACGGCGUCUCGACGGUCCCCGAUUAUGAGCUGUACUGCCACUACGUGGCUGGUCUGGUGGGCGAGGGCUUGACAAGGCUGUUCGUCAAGAGCGGGUUGGCCACUCCCAAGCUGAUGGACCGCCCCGAGUUGACCGAGAGCAUGGGUCAGUUCCUGCAGAAGACCAACAUCAUCCGCGAUGUUCACGAGGACUGGCUCGACAAGCGCCGGUUCUGGCCGAAAGAGAUUUGGAGCAAGUAUGUUGACAAGUGGGACGACCUGUUCGACCCCAAGAAUCGUGAGAAGGCGUUGCACUGCAGCUCUGAGAUGGUUCUGAAUGCUCUUAAGCACGCCGAGGAGUGCCUCUUCUACAUGGCCCACAUCCGCGACCAGAGUGUGUUCAACUUUGUCGCGAUCCCCCAAAGCAUGGCUAUUGCUACACUCGAGCUGGUCUUCCGCAACCCGGCCAUUUUCGAGCGGAAUGUCAAGAUCACCAAGGGCGACGCUUGCCGCUUGAUGAUCGAGUCGACACAGAAUCUGCGCGUUAUCGAGCAAUUCAUCGAGACUCUCUUCCCUAGCCAAGACCCCAACAAGAUCGCCGCCGAAAAGAUCAACGGCAUGGACGCCUGGGAGACUUUCUACCUGGCUCUGUCCGUCUUUGGCGCUAUUGGUGUCAUGACUGUUUUAUCGGUUGGCAUUGCUUAUCUACUGGGCGCACAACUCGACGACUUCUUCAAAAACCUCGACCAGGCGCUUGGCGGGAGUGUCAAGCCUAUCACGACAGCCACCGUCGAGCACGCCGAACUGUGA